AUGGAAGGAGAAUUCAACGGAUUUUUACCACCAAAUAAAGAAAUGCCCAUACCAGACGGGAUGAGAAUAAUGUCAGGAAAACCAAAUGACGAUUCAACUCCAUAUGUUAGAGAUUAUCAAGUAAAACCAAUAAUAAAUGAAGGACAUUUUCAAAUGAAUAUUGGAGGCCAAGUUCCAUCAUCGUGGUCAAUGAACCAAAUAGCACACUAUGUAAAAUUUGCUGGACCAUCUGAUGAUGUAUUUGCUGAAAAGGCUAAAGAAUUAUUACGCGAAAGGGGUUAUAACAUAUAG